GUCGUUACAGAGGUAAUCCUGCCCUCUACCACUACUACUCGCGCAAAUUUUAAGGAUAUUUUCUGAUUUAUUGGCGAUACUGGCUAGUUCAAGUUGUCAACUUGUUGUCACUAUUCACUAGGCUAAAUAGCUAUACUCCAAUCACCAGCACAUGAUGAAGACGGUUAUGCCGUUUGGCGUUGUUCAGUAGCUUUGAAAAGGAGAGGACCAUGAUAUCAUCGUGAAGCUGGUGAAACAUGGCAGAUGGGAAGUUUUCUAAGCCAGCUCGUAAACUUCAUGCAAAGGAUGUCCUUGCAUUGGAAAAUAGAGGUGGAUCCUGGUAUUAUAGUGAAGAUGAGCUAUCAUUUGUGGUUCAGAUAAUUUGGAUACAAGGAGCAGUGGUUGCUUAUAAUCAGGAAAAAAGUGAGGUGACCUUGCAAGAUAAUGGAUAUAAUGUAACAGUGACAAACUGUCAUAUUAUUCCUGGAGGAAAUGCAUGGAUUGAUCAAGGUAAAUACGUGAUGGCUGUAGGUGAACUCGACAACAAUAGCACAGUAGUGAAAAUUAGAGCAAUUAAAAUAGCUGACCUUUCUGAUAAUUCUGUGCAUCAGCAAACCUGGAAUGAUGAAGUUACUGAAUUGAAAGCCUUGAUGAGAGAAAAUAAACCUCUUUGUAGAUGAAGGAACUGUUUAUGACUUCAUGUUUAUACUUUCUACAUUGUAACUGGAUAAUAUUGUAUGUAUUAAUUUUCUACUUCUUAUUAUAGUUAUAUAAUUUCCA